CUCGUUUACAUAUUUCCUUAUCGGGGAGCCAUAAAUUUCGACAAUGGCGGCCGAUCUCGUGUUCACGAAUGAAGAAAUGGCAAUUGAUGAAGGGCUUGGGUACCCGAAAGCCUACGCAAAGCUGUGUAGAGACCGCAGCUUCGGUCCGUACAGCAAUGGCCCUCCUUUCACUUUCACUCCCUAUGCUCUUCCACAAGAAGAGGUUUGCAGGGCAAAGGAAUUAGAUGAGAUGUUCCCAAUUAUAGAUCCAAAAGCAAAACCCACUGCCAAGCCCAAGAUUUAUGCAAGUCUUCUGUGGAAGCAACUCAACCAUCUCGGGAAUGCUGGGUUUGAUCCUGUGAUUUUUCGAGUAGACCCAAAUGGCAAUGUUCUUUAUUACCAUGCCGAUUCAGCUUCGCCUCUUGCUUGGGACAUUGAUCACUGGUUCCCUUGCUCAAGGGGAGGACUGACUGUACCAAGCAAUCUAAGGAUACUACAGUGGCAAGUGUGCAAGAAGAAGCAUAACACGCUGGAAUUUCUCAUUCCAUGGUGGGAUCUCCAAGUGGGUAUAUCAGUAAACCAGUUCUUGUCCAUUUUUAGUUCUUCAAACUCAGAUUUCAGGCAGAGGGCAUUUUCAUUGUUGUUUUCAGAUGGUGAAAGUGAAGAACUGAAUGAUUCACAAACAGCAAACUCGCAUAAUUUCCCUCGACAUUUUAGUGAAGCAAAAGAAAAAUUAGGCCUUGCUCCGGCUGCCAUUGUUCUAUCUCGAAGGGAAUCUUAUGAUUCUUCAUCAGCUUUGAAAUCCCUGGAUAUCAACAGAAGGCCAAGGUCGAACUCCCCUAUAUUAGCUGCAAGAAAAUUAAAAGCAGGUGCGUCAAAAGAAAACGAAGACCCAGACAUGGUUAGCAACCCUUAUCAGGCCAUUGUCAUGGCUAGAGAUUCUCUCAGACAAAGAGAAGGAACAGCUAAGAUGCAGGCAGAAAUUCAGAAAUUGGAUGAUGAAGUGAGUGAGUUGAAGCAAAAGACAGAAGAGGAGAAACUUACCAUCCAAGACUUGGAGUUGGUGCUUAUAAAACGAAGAAGACAUGCUGAAAAGCAUCGCAGGCUAGCAGAGUCACAAUCCUCAUAUAGAGCAAUCCUGGAAAAGAUGAUUCGAGACGCCAUGCACCAGAGUGUCAUUUAUAAGGAACAAUUGAGGUUGAAUCAGGCAGCAUCCAAUGCUCUCAUCGCAAGACUUGAAGCUCAGAAGGCAAUUUGCGAUUCCUCAGAGAGAGAACUCCACACAAAGUUUAAACAAAGGGAUGAGCUUGAGAAACAGAUAAGACCCGAAUGGGAGCAAGCAAGGAAGAGAUCCAGAAUGGAUGAUUUCUUAUUCGAAGAGAAAGAUGACAGGACAGUUUUAUAUUUGCCAGCAAGCAAGCCAAGAACACAUCUACAUAAGGCAACAGAUGAUCCUACAAUGGGAAAGAAAGAUGGUAAGACUGUCCUGUUUUUACCUGGAAUCAAGUCGAUUACCCCAUUACACAAGGAAUUGAGAGUGUUCUUGGAAGAGGAGCAUAAAGCAUCUGAAGCAGGCCUAUCUCCAAAUGAACAGCAAGAGCAAGAAGAAAUAGAAGAGAGAGGGAAAGGGGCACCGACCGAUAUUAGCAGAGGUAAGCCUGAUGAGAACGGUAAAUCCAGGGAUACUGAGAAGGAUGAAAACAAAAUAAAGGAAAAUUUUCAAAAGUUGGAAUUAGAAGGCAAUAUAUACAACAUUCAAUUUCCGGCCCUUCAUCAACCAGAACCAGUGGAGGAUGAAGAAAGCAGAAAGCAGCGUGGGAAAGGAAAUGUAGAGAAGUGGCUUCAAAUGCUGUUGGAGAAUACACAAGAAGGCACUGACCAAAUUCCUCAACUAGUUGAGGAAAAUGAAACUAGCAGGACUGAUGAAAUAAUCAGAAAGAUGAAUCUCAAAUACCCGCGAAAUGAGAAUGAAAUUUUAAAAUUUCCAGAAUCGGAAGACAAAGGUGUGAAACAGGAUCUUGAGGAAAACAACCAGCAAACAAUACAAGAGAAGAAUAACGGUGGGAAACAGAAAGAAGAGAUUGUUGAGAUGGAAGCUGUGGCACUCUUAAACAACCAGCAAAUGACCCCAGAAAAAGAUGGUGAGGGAAGAAAAGAAGAAAUUGUUGAUAUUGAAGCUAGAAAAACACCCUUAAAGAACCCUCCCUACCGAAUAUUUCCAGGGAAAAGUAAUGCAAAGGAGGUCACUUCUGUGGGUAAAGGUGUGGGAAGUAGUAACAGCUUUGAAGGAAAAGAGAGAAGGGAGAAGAGCGGGAAGGAAAAGGGCCUUGUGAGGUCUGAAAGUGCCAGGUCAUUCCCACGAAUCCCAUCUUCUCCAUCUGUGUUCUUAGGUAUAAGAAAGGGAGAUCACAAAGGGAAGAAGCCCUUGGUAAUUGAUGAUGAUGGAGGCAAUGAAGAUCGUGCAGCGGGAAUCAACUUCUUCAAAUCAUCUAUCAAGACAAUUAAAAAAGCAGUGAAGAUGUAAUUACAGUGUGUCUAUGCAUUCUAUUCUCUUCAGUUUUCAUUUUUAGUUAAAAGAGUGUUUGCUCUCUCUCACUCUUUUAGCUGAAUAAGAGUGUGCAAUUUAAGGUUUUUUUUGCUCAAUUUGUGUGUAUAAUAUGGAUUGUGUCAUAUGCAAUUACAGCUUCUUGUUUGAUCAGAAAGUGC